CUCAUCCAUUUACACCUUUAAGGAUAAAAGCCAAAGGGAAAGUAGAUAUUGACAGUCUACUUGUCUGCAUCUUCGAGCCCUUGAGUUAAAAGAAAAAGGAAAUCAAAGAUACAAAUGGUAUCGACGUAUAUCCAAAGGCCACGUUCCUUUCACUCUUCUCCUCCAUUGUUUGUGAUUGAAGGAAAAGAAAAUGAAUAAGCCUUUGCUGUUUGGAGAAACUAGUAAUGGCGGUGGAAGGCGAGAUCGUUUAUAUCGUCGCUCUGAAGCUAUUACGUAUGGCUCUCCUUACCAAAGAGCAGCUGCCCUCGUCGAUCUGGCUGAGGAUGGUGUUGGUCUGCCCGAACAAAUUCUUGAUAAAUCAAGCUUUGGAAGUGCUGCAAAGUUCUACUUCAUGUUCAUUAAAUUUGAUAUUAUUUGGACCCUUAAUUAUUUUGCAUUGGUUGUCCUAAACUUUCUUGAGAAGCCAUUGUGGUGUUUGAGUAGUUCAUAUUCUUGCAGUGAUAGGGACUACUUUUUUCUUGGGCAGUUGCCUUAUUUGAAUGCUACAGAGUCUCUUAUAUAUGAGGUCGUGACUCUCAUUCUCCUUGCUAUACAUACUAUUUUCCCAAUUUCCUAUGAAGGGUCCAGUAUCUAUUGGAAGCGUCCUCUUAAUCAGAUAAAGGUCAUCUGCCUCUUAAUUUUGGUUGCAGAUUUACUGGUUUAUACUCUCUAUUUGUCUCCAGUGGCAGUGAGUUCUCUUCCGUUCAGGGUUGCACCUUAUGUCAGAGUUAUUCUUUUCAUCCUGAGCAUUAGGGAACUACGAAAUAGCAUCGUCAUUUUGGCUGGAAUGAUUGGAACGUACUUGAAUGUCUUGGCUCUGUGGCUGUUAUUUCUUCUGUUUGCUAGUUGGGUAGCAUAUGUUAUGUUUGAAGAUACACAACAGGGCAAAUUGGUAUUUACCUCAUAUGGUACCACGUUGUAUCAGAUGUUUGUUUUAUUCACCACGUCCAACAACCCAGAUGUAUGGAUACCUGCUUAUAAGGCCUCUCGUUGGUACUGCCUCUUUUUUGUUCUAUUUGUCCUGAUUGGGGUCUACUUUGUCACAAAUUUGAUCCUUGCUGUUGUAUAUGAUAGCUUCAAAAGCGAGCUUGCAAAACAAGUCUCUGAGAUGGACCGAAAUAGGAGAAGUAUAUUGUGUAAAGCCUUCAACCUUAUUGAUGAUUAUAAUGUUGGGUUCCUAAACAAAGAGCAAUGCAUUCAUCUGUUUGAAGAACUGAAUAAGUACAGGUCUUUGCCAAAAAUAACAAGGGAAGAAUUUGAGUUAAUAUUUGAUGAGCUGGAUGAUAGUCAUGACUUCAAGAUCAACUUGGAUGAAUUUACUGAUCUUUGCAAUGCCAUUGGUCUAAGAUUUCAAAAGGAGGAUGUUCCAUCUUUGUUUGAAAGAUUUCAAAUCUAUCGUUCGCCUUUCUCUGAAAAUUUGAAAGCCUUUGUUCGGGGUCCCAAAUUUGGAUACAUAAUAUCCUUCAUUCUCAUACUGAAUCUGUUUGCAGUUAUCAUUGAGACAACGCUUGAUAUUGCAAACAACUCUGGUCAGAAGGUGUGGCAGGAGGUUGAGUUUGUCUUUGGCUGGAUAUAUGUACUGGAAAUGGCACUGAAAGUAUAUUCAUUUGGCUUUGAAAAUUAUUGGAGGGAUGGUCAGAAUCGCUUCGAUUUUCUUAUCACAUGGAUAAUAGUUAUAGGAGAAACUGUAACUUUUGCAUCUCCUGAUGAAUUUUACUUUUUCUCAAAUGGAGAAUGGAUUCGCUACCUUCUUCUUGCCAGACUGCUAAGAUUGAUAAGGCUUCUCAUGCAUGUCCGAAGUUAUAGAGCUUUCGUUGCCACAUUCUUAACCCUAAUACCAAGUUUAAUGCCAUAUCUUGGGACCAUAUUUUGUGUCCUAUGCAUCUAUUGCUCAAUUGGUGUACAGAUCUUUGGUGGGAUCGUCAAUGCUGGGAAUCCUGCUCUAGAAGCAACAGAACUCACUGAUGAUGACUAUUUGCUCUUCAAUUUUAAUGAUUAUCCAAAUGGAAUGGUAACACUUUUUAACUUGCUGGUGAUGGGAAAUUGGCAAGUGUGGAUGCAGAGCUACAAAGAAUUAACUGGAACUUCUUGGAGCCUUGUAUAUUUUAUCAGCUUCUACCUAGUUACUGUUCUGUUACUUCUGAAUUUGGUCGUAGCUUUUGUCUUGGAGGCAUUCUUUGCUGAAAUGGAUCUUGAGGCAUCAGGGAAUAGUGAAGAAGAUGACAAGGAUGCUGGAUCAGGAAAAGGUCGAAAAAGACUUGCUGGCACAAAGACUCGUAGUCAAAGAGUUGAUAUCCUUCUACAUCACAUGUUGAGUGCGGAGCUGGAUAAAAGCCACUCCUCAGCCUCCUCCGAUGCCUAACUUGAUUCCAUUUCUUCUUCUGGUGCAUCACUUGUUUCAAGUGUUCAACUUGGUCGAUGUACACCCAAGUCUGCUUGCAAAGACUUAUCUUUUAGAUCGAAACCAAGGUUGUGUAUUAAGCUCUGAGAUUGUGAUAGUGAUAUAAAUAUUAUUAUAUGAUUGAUAAAUAAAAUUGUUCCUUCUUCCAUAGCUUUAGAUUAUUCUCCCCAUAAGAAUUAAAGAGAUCAUUUUGAAAGAGUAAUUAUUUAUCUGUGCGCACGCUAGCAAGCUAAUGGAGGGGUAGUAGACUGGUGCAAAAGCCAAAAGCAACGCAAUGAUGUCAAGAUUAUUCGUCCAUGUUUGUAUGUAAGGUGGUGUUUAAUGGUUGUAUCUAACAUCUAUAUAUGAUAGUGGUAUUCAAGUUUUAACA